UCCCGUGGGGUUCAGCGGUAUUUUUAGUGACUUUUUGGGGAGGUCUGAUGGUAAUAGGUUUGCAUUGUAAUAUCCGGGGGCGGUGCAGAGUAGAGUGGGCGUGUCCGAGCGCUGCUCUCCUUUCCUACCAGGAAAACGCUGGAGGAGACCCACGGAGUCACACACGCAGCCUCACGCGCACUGCAGAGGAGAGCGAGAGCAGGAGGACACGAGCUCCACCGGGGAAUAUGUCAGCUCUGUCACGCGACGAGGGACGCUGCGCGGUCAAUGCAUCCCCACUGCCUCAGCUCUAGUUCGGCUUCCAAACAUCGCCCUGUCCCUGGUGGUGCUGCUGGUCCAUCCCCGUCCCCUCCUCCCCCUCUUUCCUCCUCCUCCUCUUCACCGUCCCGUCGCCAGGAUGGACAAGACGCUCUGCAGUCCGCAUCUCGUGAACAAAUCCAACUCUUCCUCUGCGGACCGAGGCAACUCGUCGUCGAGGAAGCCCGGGAAGAGCGGCUCUCACAGCCCGGGCUCCGGCUCUCUGGGCGGCUCGGCCGGAGCAGGGGGCGGCAGGGGAGCCUUGCUGCUGGGGAACAGCAUGAAUCUGCAGCAGCAGCAGCAGGCGAGGAGGAGGCAGCUGGAAGGAGUGCUGAGCAAAUACACCAACCUUAUCCAAGGGUGGCAGAACAGGUACUUUGUGUUGGAUCCAGAGUUGGGACAGCUGCACUACUUUGUCAACGAGCAGGGAAGAAGCCAGAAGCCCCGAGGGUCCCUGCCCCUGAUCGGUGCCUCGGUAACCCCGAGCGACGAGGCCCCGCAUAUGUUCAUCGUAAACUCUGUGAAUGGAGAGCUCUACAAACUCAGAGCAUCUGAUGCCAAGGAGCAGCAGUUUUGGAUCAGUCAGCUACAAGCAUGUGCCAGACGUCACUCUGACAGCAGCGCCAAGGUGAGGAAGCUAAAGGGCUCAGAUGAACAUCUUAGUGUGGAAAGAGCUGGAGGAGGCUCAGACUUAUUGAGUUCCUCGUCCUCAGGUCGGACCCGUAGCUUCUCCCUGCUCCCCCACCUAACCCCAUCUUCAUCUCCGGGUUCUCAGAGGCACCUUAGCCACACAGCCUCACCCAGCAACAUCGUCACCAUCACCCAUCACAAAUCUCCAGCUGCAGCUCGGCGGGCCAAGAGUCAGUAUCCAGGACGGCUGCUGGAGGUCAAAGAGGUGAUGUCUCAAGCAGAGGGCCAGCAGAAAAACCUGGUCCAGUCCAUCGACUCUCUCCCUACCAGAGGCCCCGUCUCCUGUCUGGACCAGGAUCUACUGCUGCUCAAAGCCACAUCAGCUGCCACCCUCAGCUGCCUCGGGGAGUGCCUGAACAUCCUCCAACAGACCCAGACCCACAGCCAGGCACCACAUCACGCUCAGAGCUCCGACUGCAACCUCACACCCCACGGAGCCCCCUCCGAUGGUGUUCCUGUGUGGACUGUACCAAAGUCGCCCUCAGGGGAGCUGUUGAAGAACGGCGGUCUGACUCCUCUACGAUCAGCCGAGCCCUCUCCGGCCUUCAGGAAAAGGAGUCUGUCCCAUGGUGCUGAGCACCACCCAGGGCUUGAAGACAUCAGCCCCAUAGAAGAGGUGACAGAUACGGAGGAUAAUGAAGAGGAGGACCUGGGUGUCCUGGACGACCAGCGGAGCAUCAUCCUCCACCUGCUCUCCCAGCUCAAACUGGGCAUGGACCUCACGCGGGUGGUUCUACCUACCUUCAUUUUAGAAAAGCGAUCACUUCUGGAGAUGUAUGCCAACUUUAUGGCCCACCCUGACAUGUUCCUGUCCAUCACAGCUGGGGCCACAGCCGAGGACAGGAUCGUACGUUUUGUCGAGUACUACCUGACCGCCUUCCACGAGGGCCGGAAAGGAGCCGUGGCCAAAAAGCCGUACAACCCGGUGCUGGGAGAGACUUUCCAUUGUUCCUGGGAAGUUCCCCGGGAUAAAGUCAAACCUUUAGUCAGAUCUAACCAGGGGUCUUCAUGGGAGCCUAGCAGGGGCCCCAACAACACACAACAGGACGAGGAUUCAACAGGAGGAUGUUACAGGGUUCGGUUUGUGGCUGAGCAGGUUUCCCAUCAUCCACCAGUGUCGAGUUUUUACUGUGAGUGCCGGGAGAGGAGGAUGUGCGUCAACGCCCAUGUAUGGACCAAGAGCAAGUUCAUGGGGAUGUCGAUAGGAGUGUCCAUGGUGGGAGAAGGGGUCCUCUGUCUCCUGGAGCACGAUGAGGAAUACGUCUUUACAUUGCCCUGUGCCUAUGCCCGCUCCAUCCUCACCGUGCCCUGGGUAGAGCUGGGGGGCAAAGUCUCCAUCAACUGCGUCAAGAGCGGCUACUCGGCCACCGUCACCUUUCACACUAAGCCGUUUUAUGGAGGGAAGGUACACAGAGUGACGGCAGAGGUCAAACACAACCCAACAAACACCAUCGUAUGUAAAGCUCAGGGGGAGUGGAACGGCACGCUUGAGUUCACCUACAGCAGCGGAGAAACCAAAGUGAUCGACACGACUAAACUACCUGUCAUCAGAAAGAAGCUCCGGGCGGUGGACAAACAGGGCAGGACAGAAUCCAGGCGAUUAUGGCAACAUGUCACCAAGUCUCUGAAGGAAGGGAACAUGGACGAGGCCACAGAGCACAAACACAGACUGGAGGAGCGACAGAGAGCGGAGGAGAGGCAACGAGCAGCUGAUAACAAACCGUGGACUCCCAAAUACUUCACUAAGGAGGGAGACGGUUGGACCUACAACAGCCCUCUGUGGAAGUCGACCUGACAGCAGAACAACUCUCUCCCCCCUCACGGACAAUAAUUGAGCUCCUGCCUAUGUACCCUGGGUUGGAGGUCAGGGAGUCAAACAAAGGGAGCAGCGUCCUGAUGAACUAGAGACUCCCAGAGUGACACACAAACAGGAAAAUGCAAGGUGCCAAAGGGAUCUCCACUGUUAAAACCAGGACCAAGUGGUUGGAGCUCUUGGGACAGAAGUAGAUUUUUAUAAACAGUAAAUAGUAUUACUAUUCAAAGUAGAGUAUUUCUAUUUUUCACCUUACCAAGGCCUUUUUGCACACGCACAGUGAUGAUGUUUGCCACAGGAGUUCAUUUUGUUUUUUUCUCUGACAGUGUCAAUGUUUGGUUCCAAGCUUUUAGUUUAAUGCAGCGUUAGAAUGAAACUUAAAAAAUCCUUGUUACACAUAAAACUGUAGCUGUUCAUAUGUUGUUUAUAAAAGCACUUUCCCCAUAGAAAUAAACUCAAUAUUUUAUAUCUA